AUGCUGCAGUCAAUGAGGAAAUUUAAAGAAGAGAACAAAUUCAAUAAAUACUUGCAACCGUUAGACAUUAUAUUUAAUAUAAUGAUUUGGCUGUGUGUCCUGAGCGUCACAGUCUGCAGGACUCAGACACAGAACCUGGAAAACGGAUGUCAUCUCUCUCCAGUCAUUAAAUACGGAUUUGAGUAUAAAUAUUCCCAGGAAGGAGAUAUCAUUAUAGGUGGGAUAUUCACAGUGAAUAGUUUUGUGGCAGCACAACGAUAUGUAUUUGGAAUCCAAAUGCUCUUCUGUCUAAGUGCAAACCGUAGAGAAUACAGACAUCUCAGAGCUUUUAUCUUUACAAUUAAUGAGAUUAACAGGAACCCAGACAUCCUGCCCAAUAUUACUCUGGGUUACCAUGUGUAUGAUUCUUGUGGAAGUAAGAAUAAAGCUGUGGAAGAUGUUUUACGGAUAUUGUCUGGACACAAAAAAACAGUUACCAAUUACAGGUGUAUGGAACAUGGUAAAGUAGCUGGGUUUAUCGGAGAUCUCAACUCUCACACCACCAUUGCAAUGGCACAGUUGUUGAAUGUAUAUGGGUAUACACAGAUCAGUUAUGGAGCCAGAGACCCUGCGCUGGGUGACAGAACGAUUUAUCCACAUUUUUUUAGGACAAUUCACAAUGACCAGAUGCAAUUUUUGGCAACUGCAAAAUUAAUAAAACUGUUUGGGUGGAACUGGGUUGGGAUCAUUUCCUCAGCUGAGAGUGGGGAGUGGGAGCUCCAACAGCUGAGCAGACAACUGGCUUCUUACGGAAUAUGUAUUGAAUUCAAGAUUACAUUUUUGGACGAAAAUACAUUUUCAUUUAAUAAAAACAUUAUUGAGAAUACUACUGCUGAAAUUAUAAUACUUUGUGGCACAAAUACCAGACACUUUAUGUAUUUUAUCCGUAGACUAGCGCAAUUUACUGGUAAUAAGACAUUUAUCUUUCCAGCUUUAUGGUCAAAUAUACCAGAGAUUGCAGUGCCCUAUAAGACAAGAAUACCUGUUAACUGCACUCUAGUUUUCUCACUUCCUAUGUGUAACAUUCCUGGAGCACAGGAUUUUCUAGAUGAUGUUAAUCCUCCAGACCUCUCAUCUGAUCCACUAAUGGAGGAUAUCUGGAUAACCAAAUUCCAGUGCAGGUCUAAAAAUGAAAUAAAAAAUUUUGUUAUUCCAUUAAUCAUCAAAAUCACCUUUCUAAACUGUACUUUGGAAAAGAGUCUUCAAGGUUAUUUAAAUUUUACUAGAGAUCCCCUUGCCUACCGAGUGCACAUUUCUGUCUUUACUAUGGCACAAACUUUGCAUGAUAUGUAUUUAAACUUAAACAAUAAUGGAAUUAGGAACAGCUUUGAAAUAAAUCAAUACAAAAUUCACAGAUACAUGAGAAAGGGUCAUUAUAAAGAUGAAUAUGGUAAAGAAAUAUUUUAUAAUGGAAAAGGAGAAUUCUCUUCUCCUUUACACAUACUAAAUUGGAUAUAUAUUGAUGUGGGAGAAGUAACUGCGCAGAACAGUAAAUAUGUAGGAACAUUUGAUGGAUCAGUCCCAGAUAACAAGCAGCUGUACAUUGAACCAUGGAAAAUAAGUUGGAGAAAUGGAAGAAUGCCACAUGGACAAUGUUCUAAAAAGUGUCUGGAUGGAUUCAGAAAAGCACCAAAGGAAGGAUUCCAUGCAUGUUGCUAUAACUGUGUGCCGUGUUCAGAAGGAGAAAUAUCCAAUAAGCCUGACAAUGAACAUUGCAUGAAAUGCAGCAAUCUUGAAUGGCCAAAUGAUUCAAGAAACCAAUGUAUUGCCAAAGCACAAGAGUUUCUUUCAUAUGAAGUGGACACUACAGCCUCAGUGUUUUCUAUCACAGCUGUAUUAUUUUCUGUUAUAAUUGUUUUCAUUAUUGGAUUAUUUAUCUUCUUCCGGACCAGCCAAAUUGUCAGAGCUAAUAACCGGAACCUCAGCUUUAUUCUCCUCAUCUCUCUAAAGUUGAGUUUACUCUGUGUAUUUCUCUUCCUUGGUCGCCCAGUGGAUAUAACCUGCAUGCUGCGGCAGAUCUGCUUUGGAAUCAUAUUUACUAUCGCUGUGUCCUCAGUCCUGGCCAAGACUAUCAUGGUUUGCAUUGCUUUUAAAGCCACAAGACCUGGAAGCUACUGGAGAAAAUGGAUGGGAGUCAAACUACCAAAUUCCUUAGUGGUGAUCUGCUCAUCUGUCCAGGUGCUGAAUGGUGUCAUCUGGUUGUCCGUUUCUCCUCCAUUUCAAGAGUUUAACAUAGACACAUAUCCUGAGACUAUCAUCAUCCAAUGUAAUGAGGGUUCUGUGCUGGCCUUUUAUUUCAUGUUGGGUUACAUGGGACUCCUGGCAGCUGUGAGCUUUGUUCUGGCUUUCAUGGUGAGGACAUUACCUGACAUCUAUAAUGAGGCCAAAUAUAUCACAUUCAGCAUGCUGGUGUUCUGCAGUGUGUGGGUCUGUGCCAUCCCGGCCUAUCUGAGCAGUAAGGGGAAACAUAUGGUCAUUGUAGAGGUGUUUGCUAUAUUAGCUUCAUGUAUUGGGAUAGUAGGCUGUAUGUUUUUCUCCAAAUGCUACAAUAUUCUGAUGAGACCUGAAGUAACCAGAAAAGUUUUGAUGGUGGGGCAUGCACUGGGGAACCUUAUAUUAUGUCCUCAAAAGGUGACCACGCCGCAAACCGGAUCCGACCUGUGGGACAGUGAUGGGGAGUGUUUGCACCCCGAGUUUGGCAAAUUUAUAUAUGGGUUCACCUACAAUAUAAAUGAAAACAAAAUAGAGUUUCUAGAUCUUAUAUUGGAUUCAAGUAUCAGGGAUAAUAGUGACAUAUACAUUUAUAAAGAGACACCACUACCAGACACAACAACACAGAGAUUUUUAUCAAAAAGAAGUAGUGUAACCUACAGAGAAUACAGACAUGUACGAGCUUUUAUCUAUGCAAUUAAUCAAAUUAACAGGAACCCAGACAUUCUGCCCAAUAUUACUCUGGGUUACCAUUUGUAUGAUUCCUGUGGAAAUGAGAAUAAAGCUGUGGAAGAUGUUUUCUGGAUAUUGUCUGGGCACAAAAGGUUAACGCCUAAUUACAGGUGUAUGAAGCAGGGCAAAGUAGCUGGUUUUAUCGGAGAUCUCAACUCUCACACCACCAUUCCAGUGGCACAAAUGCUGAAUGUAUAUGGGUAUACACAGCCCAUAGAGUGCGUGGGGAAAAUCCUUCUGUUUUUCUUGUCUAGAGAAGCACCUGCCGCAGCACCUGAGGAAUGUUACAAGCUUGAUUAG